CUGGGCGUCGCCGUCAUUUGGGCGCUGUCCAUCGCCAUGGCCUCGCCGGUGGCCUACCACCAGCGCCUCUUCCACCGCGGCGCCGGCAACGAGACCUUCUGCUGGGAGCAGUGGCCCGACCCGCGCCACAAGAAGGCCUACGUGGUGUGCACCUUUGUCUUCGGGUACCUGCUGCCCUUGCUGCUCAUCUGCUUCUGCUACGCCAAGGUCCUUAAUCAUUUGCACAAAAAGUUGAAGAACAUGUCAAAGAAGUCAGAAGCAUCCAAGAAGAAGACUGCGCAGACGGUGCUGGUGGUGGUCGUGGUGUUUGGGAUAUCCUGGCUGCCGCACCAUAUCAUCCAUCUCUGGGUUGAAUUUGGAGUCUUCCCGCUGACCCCUGCCUCAUUCCUCUUCAGAAUCACAGCACACUGCCUGGCCUACAGCAACUCCUCUGUGAACCCCAUCAUCUAUGCGUUUCUCUCUGAGAAUUUCAGGAAGGCCUAUAAGCAAGUGUUCAAGUGUCCCCGUCACACUGAAUCACCUCGCCACGACAUGAAGGAGAAGAGUCGCAUCGACACCCCACCAUCCACUAACUGCACUCAUGUGUGA